AUGACAGAUUUAAUAAUAUUAAAAGAUAAACAACAAAAACAGAUUGAUUAUUAUUUUGAGCAAUUAAAACAUACUGAAAACUGGAUGCCUAAAAAAAGAUUAAUUAUUUUAGAGGCUAUGUUCAGUAUUUUCCGUUCUCAAAAAUAUGAUUUGGAUGAAGGAAGAUUAGAUGCCAAUUUUGAAAUAGGAGACAGUGUCCAAUUUUACCGACUGAAAUAUUUUGCUUAUCUCCAUAACCAAGAUAAUUUGUUGGGGUUAAAUGAAGAUGCUGUUAAGAUUUUGGUUAAUGGAGAUCGAGAACAAUUAAGGAGAGUUAGUAUUAACCGUCAAGUAGAACAAGCUCAUAUCAAUUUUAUUAAUGUUUUAAAGAAUGAUACUCGCACUAAAUUAGCUAUCUUGAAAGAUGUAUUUAGAACUAAUAGUGGAAUGGUUGACUUGACCGAUAAUGCUCUUGAACUAAUUGAAAGUGCUGAGACCCAUCAAGAGAUAGAAAAAUUAUAUGAAGACCAUUUAUGA